UUUCCGGUCCAAGAUGGCUGCGUCCAUGGCGCGGCUCUUAGGGCCUUUGCUGGUUCGUUGGGGGUUCCGGCCCCGAGGAGGCUGUGUGUGCAGCCACAACCCUAGAAGCUUCGCUACAGAAAAACGACACCGAAACCUCCUCUACGAUCAUGCGCGCGAAGGCUACAGCGAGCUUCCGCACCUGGACAUGGAGUCGUUGUGCGCAUGCCCAGAAAAAGUUGCGUGUGCCCUGGAACACCGCAAGGGGGAGCUGCGGCCAUCUGACCUGCCUGCCAUUAUCUCCAUGUGGCAGGAGCUGAGGCAGCUUCGAGAACAGAUCCAGAGCCUGGAGGCAGAGAAGGAGGGUGUGACAGAGGCAGUGCGGUCCUUGCUGGUGAAACAAGGCAGCAGCCAAGUGCAGAAGGAUCCACAAUAUGGGACCCUGCGGGCCCGUGGCCGGGACAUCCGGAAGCAGCUUGUGCUCCUGUACUCCAGGGAGACCCAACUGGAGGAGGAGUUCUACCUGAGGGCGCUGAGGCUGCCCAACCAGACCCACCCAGACUCGCCUGUUGGUGAUGAGAGCCAGGCCAGAGUGCUCCAUGUGGUGGGGGACAAGCCAGCUUUCUCCUUCCAACCUCGGACCCACCUGGAAAUCGGGGAGAAACUCGACAUCAUCAGACAGAAGCGCCUGUCCCACGUGUCUGGCCACCGAUCCUACUACCUGCGAGGGGCUGGGGCCCUCCUGCAGCACGGCUUGGUCAACUUCACCCUCAGCAAGCUUGUCCGUCGGGGCUUUACCCCUAUGACAGUGCCAGACCUUCUGCGAGGAGCUGUGUUUGAAGGCUGUGGGAUGACACCAAAUGCCAACCCAUCCCAAAUUUACAACAUUGACCCCUCCCGCUUUGAAGAUCUCAGCCUGGCUGGAACAGCAGAGGUGGGGCUAGCAGGCUACUUCAUGGAUCAUUCUGUGGACAUCCGUGACCUGCCAGUCAGGAUGGUCUGUUCCAGCACUUGCUAUCGGGCAGAGACAGACACUGGAAAGGAGCCACGGGGGCUGUAUCGAGUGCACCACUUCACAAAGGUGGAGAUGUUUGGAGUGACUGGCCCUGGGCUAGAGCAGAGUUCUCAGCUGCUGGAAGAGUUCCUGUCCCUGCAAGUGGAGAUCUUGACAGAGCUGGGCUUACAUUUCCGGGUGCUGGACAUGCCCACACAGGAACUGGGCCUUCCUGCCUACCGGAAGUUCGACAUUGAAGCCUGGAUGCCUGGCCGAGGUCGCUAUGGAGAGGUUACCAGUGCCUCCAACUGCACAGACUUCCAGAGCCACCGCCUGCAUAUUAUGUUCAAGAACAAGGCCGGGGAGCUACAGUUUGCCCACACUGUGAAUGCCACUGCCUGUGCUGUCCCUCGACUCCUCAUUGCCCUGCUGGAGAGCAAUCAGCAAAAGGAUGGUUCGGUUCUUGUGCCUGCUGUUCUCCAGCCCUACUUAGGCACUGAUCGGAUCACAGCCCCCACCCAUGUGCCUCUCCAGUACAUUGGCCCCAACCAGCCCCAGAAGCCCAGGAUCCCUGGCCAGCAGCCCACCAGCUGACAACCUACUGAUCAUUCAGGAGUUGAUUGCUGCUGCCUGCAACACCAGAGGCCCUGAACACCUGGGAACUUUCCCCCAAACUGCCCUUCACGUCUUUCUUUUGUCGGUUCCACACUUGGACUUCUGGUCCGCUUCUCCCCUACUUCUUCAGAAUGAGCCAGUGGUCCUGCUUUCUUUGGGGUGGACAGGGGGCAUGUCCUAGUCUGCAGUAGGAAGCAGCACGUCUGGGACCAUCUCCCUUCCCUUGGUGCUGAGCAGAAGGACCACAAUAGUUACAUGAAAAUCUUCUAGAUCUAUAAGCAAGGGAGAUGCCCAUCUGUUUUCCAGGAGGUUCUGGGUAAUUGCUCAUGGUCAUAUCAUCAAAGGACAUGUUUGGAUGCAGGUGUCUAGCAAUCUCCAGAUGGCAUGCAGGUGGAUUGCCUCUCUCUUGGGGAAGGGGAGCUGAGAGUAUGUCGAAUCCUCCCCUUUUCCCCUGGGACAGGGUACCCUUGAUUGGUUCCCUUAGACUGACCCCAGCCUCAGCCCCAGCCCUUGACCUGCAGCUCUGCGUAGAAUCUAAAGCAUCAUAAACUCAGAGAAUCCUGAGGUGAUUCUCAGACCCUUCACCUACACUCCACUGGCUAAACAGACCCAUCUCAAAGCCUUAAACCCACCCCCCGUUAAGGUGAUCCUGUAUUUUAUUUUUUAUUUUGUUUUAUUUUAUUUUAUUUUUGGAGGUAGGGUUUCACUCUAGCCCAGGCUGACAACAAUAUAGAAGAGGGACUAGGUUAGAAAGGAGUUCAAA